AUGGGGGCCGAGUACCUGGGUUUGCAGGCGACGGGAUGGGAUCGCAUGACUGAGACCUGGUGGCAGCGGGUCUUGGCGGCGUGUCUGCUUGUCACGAUUGUACUUGGUAGUAUAUACUUCUUGUACCUGAUCGGACGGAAACUAUAUCAAUAUUGGCAGACACGCCAUCAACUAUCAGAGGUCCCUUCAUCCACAGCACGAGUCAUCGAGCGCUUAAAGAAGGAGACCCCGACUCUAUACACCCCACCCUCCACACGGUCAGAUCCCAAGACGUUUGGGGUCUACCUCGGGGGCUUUGCCAACCCACCAACAUCCAACCAGGCACGGCUCCUCUCACAAUGGGAUGUGGUCGUCCUGGAUCCCUUCCAGCCUGGUGUACUGGAUGCUGUCGCAAGAGGCACAUCGGCAACGAAUAUUCUUGCCCGGCUGGAUGUUCGCAAGCUCAUCGAGUCGGACACCAGCACCGACAGCGAUGAAGUCGACCAUGUCAUCCGUGGCUUGACUGCGACACUUGUCAACCGUCUCCGCCGGCCCGGCGACUCCCAAUCACUCUUCAACGCGGUCCUGUUGGCCGACUGCCACGACACCUUCCAGCCGGUCAUCCUGAAUGAGCUCGUCAAGUUCAUCAACGGGCUGGGCCUCGACGUCUGGCUCGAGGUUGCGCCCCCGGACUACCUCCCCGAAAAGACCUGCCGCGAAAUCGACAUGGCUCGCAUCCGGGGUGUCGUCUACCGCAAUGGUACCAUCCUGCCCAACGGCGACCGGCGCAACUACUUCCAGAUGGAGAAGAUGCGCACGGUGAUGCGGGUCGCUGCCGCGCAGAAGCCCAUUGGUGACUCGACCCUCGCCAUGUGGGAUACUGUUGAUGAUGAUGUGGAGUUGUCUCAUGAUGUUCUCCAUCGCAGCUACAAAUGGUGCAACUACAACAGUGCCAUGAGCUGGAUCGGCACUCAGAGCUCUUUGACGGAUGCGACGAUCGCGUCGGGCAAGACUGUCAUUCACGAGCCGAUCGGUGCGCUGAUGUGGAUGAAGAAUGAACAGACUCUCGCUGCCCACGACUUUUGGCGCCAGAAUGGAAAGAUCGAGCACGACACCUGCGGCCAUGAGAGCUUCUACGAGUCCCUGCAGUACUUUGUGCCCAACCUCCGACAAAAGCUCGCGCUGCUCCCUCCGCAACCAAACAUCGAAAACGAUGGCAAGGUGUUUGUCAUCGACGAGCUGCAAUGGCCCUCGCUCAACGAACCCCUCAUGACAAACCCCUUCUCCGUCUCGUCUGAUGGUCACGACCUCUCUGGCCUCGGCUGCUUCCAACUUGGUCUGGAGUGCACGCGCAAGGAGAUUGAGGAUCUGCUGCAGGCGCAGCGCCACGUCCGCGAACUCAACCUCUUGGACCCCUUCAAGAAGGCCGAACUCCGACGAAUCGCCGGCGAGCUCCGCGCGUUCCAGGCCACCGACGCCGAAGGUGCAAAGGCCGCCCGUGAACUGUACGACCUGCUCAUCUCCUGCGAAGGGUCCGACACCGAUCCGAUCCGAGUGUACUCGGGUCUGCACUCUGGCUUCCGCACGCGCAUGGAGACGCAGAUCUGGGGCAUGUAUCAACAGAACCACGGGAUUGGCUCGCUCGACAUUUAUCUCUCAGGCAAGACGGAGAAGGAUCGCACGGGUUCCAUUCUGCAUACCUUCAUGUCGAGCAGGGGCUAUUCUCGCUACCAGUGCUUCAUGGCCGAGGUUGCGCUCGCAAAGGUCAACGGGACUCUGUCUGAGAAAUGGCAGCUGCCGCCGCGGAUCGUGAGCGAUGUUGAGCAGCUCACCCCGACCGAGGCUAUGCUCUGGAUGCGCCGUCUCUCGCUUACCCUUUGCCAGGAGUGCGCUGAUCUGACGGCCAAGGUCCGCGCUUGCUGUGAACACUUUCUCAUGGACAUCCCGACCCUCGCUCAGUUGCGCGCCCUCAGCUCGAGUGAAUACCUCAGCGGCAAGAUCUCGGCCGAGGACUUGGUCUAUGCGCGUCUGGCAUGGUAUCGCGAGCAAGGAUGUUGGGCUCCAGACGCUCUGUCUGCGCUUGAGUUGUUCAAAGAGGUCGAUGCCCGCCUCCCGCAAAUCCUCAUGGCCUGCGACUCCCACACGCUCGGGCAACUCACGACCGUCAUCCAAGGAAUCCUCAAAGCGGAUCGCGUCGACGCUGGUGUCGACAUGUUUGCCCUUGCCAUCUUCUGUGCGUUCCGUCGUCUCUCGCUCAACGAAAUCUACCUUGAGGUCCUCGACCGCAACCCUCUCCCCAACGGGCACACUGUUCAGGCUGCCUGUUUCGCAGAGAUGUACGCCCUUGGUGCUCGAUGCGAUCUGUUCUUUGAUAUGACUCCCAAGCUUCUGGGAAAGAUCAUCGCCGCCCGCUACCGCGCGUAUUACAACGUGCACCAGCCCACUCGUCGUGAGGAAGUCUUUACUGAACUGCCUACUGCCUACGCGUCUAUGGACAUGGAUCUGGAUCCCGAGGGUGACAAGCACGAAGUCCCCUUCUACUACCGCGUGACCUUCCUCGGAAUCUUCGCCCUGCCUGCCCUGAUCGAUAUCACCAUGUUGACCACGGUUGGACGAGGACUGUACCUGACCACGUUCAUGAGCGACACGGACAAGACACUCGCCACUACUGCGCUCAUGGUCGCCCUCCUGGUCUGUGGUGGCUUUGGCAGCUGGAUCAGUUCGGGGGGCAGUUACUACUUGUACGCGAUGGCCUUCCCUGCGAUGAGCAUGUUCAUCAUGACCCGCUUCAUUGCUGGUUGCGCUGUUGCGCUUGUUGGUGGUCUUAUUGCCAUGAUCGCGAUCGGUUGUGUCAAAGGGUUCGCAGCUGGUGUCCUGUUCUUCCUGUAUUUCUUCUUCCUGGCUGCGUACCUGAUGCUUCUCUCGGUGUUGGCGAUUUAUCAAAUGCCUGGGUUUGAGUUCCAAUCGGGUCGUACGGUAAUUAUGACCUGCAUUCCCAUCCUCUUUGUCGCCCCCAUCGUCACCCUCUGGGUUGGCCAUGACUCGGUCAUUUACCUGUGCCUGCUCGGUCUCUUCCUUCUCUCGCUUCUCCUCGGUGCCCGCCGCGUCAUGUCGCAAUGGAACUCCUGGUACUUGAAAAUUCCUCGCGUGACGGACGGAGAAGUCGUCAAGUGGUACGUCGAAUCGAGGAAAGCCCGCGGCAUUCCCGUGGAGAAGGACGUCGCCACCUCUUCAGCCCCCCGCAAGACCCUCGUUGAGGAAGUCACCAGAGAGCGCAAGCGUCGCUUCUGGGUCAAGGGCACAAACGACGAGUUCGUUCGCAAGAUGGCCGAAGGAUAUUCGUCCACCAUGUUCCUGCUCGUCUGGUACUGCCGUUACUCGCGCACUAAGAUCCCUCUCGCAUACAGUCCCACCUGGAACUUGCAGCUCAAGGCUGCUGUUGAUACGAUGGGUGACAUGCAAAAAGGUAUCAGGCUUCACAGCGCGUUUCUCCACUGGCGCCACACAGGCUCCGAUGUGUGGUGUGGUAUCCUCUACUUUAUUAUUGCACUCAUGGAUAAGUGGACUGCACUGUUUACCGGUGAAUCUCUCGUUGGUCUGUCUACUGCCUCGAGCUCGGAAUUCCGCCUGGCUGUUGGUUUUGGUCUGGGGUACUAUCUCGCUGGUGCUCUCAUUCUCGAUGCCGUCUCACAGCCUCUCUGGACGUCUGUCACCCAGCGAAUCACAGAGUCCAUCUCGUCUCUGGACAGCUUGCGCAAGGUUCUGUCUCACAACUCUGGUGAGAGGCAGACAUUGUACUGGGGCAACCUGAUGAAGUUCUUCUUCCUGCACAUCUGGGGUACGGCCGUCACCCUCGCGUUGAUGUGGACGUUUGAGAGCUCGCCCAAGGCAACCAUCAUGUAUCUCGCAUACAUUGUCGCCUAUAGUGGUCUGCUGUUCUACCAGUACAACCGGAUCUUCACUGGUCCACAAGCAGCCCGUUGCCUUGCUCUUGGCUCCCUCGUCGGUUUCCUCACGGGCAUUGUCCUUCGCGAAGUUAUUCCUGCUUUUGCCUGGAGCAGCGUCAUCUGUCUGGGUUCUGGUACGUGGACUGCGGCCAUCUACUCCCUCUGGAUGUCGGAUAUUGGUCUUCCCACGUUCAAGCGCAAGCCCGAGUUCCAGUCGAGUGGUAAAUCUGCCAGCGGCCCCCCGCCCUCGUACACCAGCAGCUCGCUUGAGCCGUACCUUGAUCUGUCCCCGACUACACUCGCUCAGACCUAUGACAACAUCAAUGCACUGCCCCAAGAUAUGCGUCACCGUCUGGACCCUGAAACGCACCCUGGCAUUGAAGUCAAGGAGGUCAUCAUGUCCAACUCUGGCGCGAAGCAGUCGGCCCUCGUGCAGGUUGCGUUCCCCGACUCCGAGACUCUCCUCCGUGAUGUCGUCCGCCUCUGGGUCUCCGGUCAGACGAUCAUCGAAUUCGUCUCCGCCGAACACCUCCAGCAAACGGAGCAACGCGUUCGCGCCGUCAGCCGCCUGACGGGCGAGAAACUCCACAUCUUCGUCGUCAUCGGCCCCGGCCUCGUCGGCCAAGACUGGACGACAAACAUCCGCCGCAACUGCCGCGCCAUCGCCGAAGCUGUCGUACAAGCCACUGCGGAGGCGAAACUCGGUCUAUCGCACGACCACUCGAUGAUGGCUGAGCUGCUUGUCGGCGACCACCGCGAUGACUAUGAUCUCUCUGUCCCUGAAGGUGUAAAGUACCAGCUGGAACGCUCCCCCGCUGAAUGCGCCCGUGUUGCGAACCAUGGACAGCGCACCUUCCUCCGUCAUCUUCUUCUGGGUAUCGACUGUGACCUGGAGUGGGAUGACCUCCCACGCUGCGCUCGAUCUUUCCUCGUCCGCCGCUGUUCCGGGAAACCCGGCCGCGUCACCAGCGAGGAACUUGCCUGGCUCCAGAGUAAGGUCGGCGUGCCUGAUCUCCAGGGUGUCGGCGCAUACGUCGCGCGGUAUAACCUGGGCGUGGCAAUGUCCCUCUCCGUCAAGUACUUUGCGCAACGCUGGAUGGAGCACGACGAGUACCCCGACUACCCGGUGUUCAUGGACUCGACAUUCGAGAAGCCGAUCCAAGCCUUGCUGCCGCCGCCCAUCGGCGCCAACCUGGGCUUCACCGAAGUGGUGAAACUAUCCUUCAAGCGCAUUCUCAACAGCGCAAGGACGUGUCUCAAGUUCCUGGUCAUUUGCCUGGUCGCAGACCCCGAGUACCAGCGCGAGCUGGAGUACAUGCUCCGCGGACAACCUCUCGUCAUCGCGUGGCCCGUGCAAAUGCUCCUGAAUGGGAUCUGGUCGUUCUGCAAACUGCUGCAGCGGAUCCUCAUCCCGCUUGUCCUCCUGCAUGGCCGCGAGAAGGUCUCGAAGCUGUACAAGGAUACGCGCGGGUGGAAGACUGUUCUCGAGAAGGAUCGCAUUAUCAUUGAGAGCCUGGACGGGUUGACGACGUGCUUUUUCAAGCCGCAGGCUGAUGGCAAUACCCUUCUCUACCAGUAUUCUGGGAAUCAUACGCAUGAGCCGAGGGAUCAGAAACAGUUGCUUGCGAUCAACACGUAUACUGACAAGCUGGUUCUCGUCCGCCAUGAGGAGUACAAGGCCGGCAAGCUGCUGAAUGACUAUGCCUACGAGUAUCCGACCGGCGGGAAGAAGCGCGGUCGGCAACUUCCCAUCCAGCGCGAGUGCACGGCGGGUGAGCUCGAGGGCCAGAUCGUGCAGUACGACGAGCGAGGCUACAUCGUCUCUGGCUCUGGGAUGCAGGGCGUCAACCCGAUGGAGUUCAAGUAUCGCUUCCGCAAGCACGCCAAGUUCGACGACGAGCUCCUGCGCGCCGAGUACACGUUCCCGCAUAUCAAGAUCAAGGUCUCCUGGUGCAUGCCUCCUCCCCAUCGUCCGGAGCGUGAAGACAAGUGGAUCCCGUACCCGCGAGUCAGCGAAGCGACCUUCUUCCAAGAGGGAGACAUCUACCACGCCAAAUGGACGUACGACCACAAGUUCCAUCCGGAGAUUGCGACCACGCUCAAUGGUGAGGAGGUCGCUACGCCGCCGAUGAUCGACGAGGAUUGGUUCCACGUUCUCGAGAAGCCGGCCAAGAGCAGUUUCUUGCAUGACAAUCCCCUGUUCUUUUUCAAGUCGAUCAAGACCAACCCCCUCUCUCGCCUCCUUGGACUCAAUGUCAAGACCCGGCCUAUUCCGACCUCGCGAGCACGCACGCACCUGUGGAAGUCAUGGAAGAGCAGCAAGGAGUUUGAUGCUGUGACCACCACCUGGCUCGAUGAACUCCUGCUCCGCUCUGAUCGCGUUCUCCGUCCAUACUGGCGAAACCGUGACUUUGGUCGUCUGGAUGCCGCUGGUGAUUACCUCGAUGCUCAGGUCGACACUAUCCUCGCCCGAGUCGAUAUCGAUCCCGAGAUCAGCUCAUGGACCCAAACCGCCUUCAAGAUCAGUGACCUGUACAGCUUUGGAAUUGGUGGCGAUGCGCGCAUCAAUACACGCACCCUCUCCACCCAGCUGCAAGACACAGACACCAAGCUGCACGUUCUCGCCAUGGACACCGCGACGUGGCCCAACGAACCGGGUGGUGUCUCCGCCUGCCGUCGUGACAUGGUCAACGACCUCAACGGGAUCCGCUGGCACAUCAUCUCCGAAAACGCAAACGACUACGGUGUUCCCAAGUUCCAGAUUGAACGGAACGUGCAGUCCCUCACCGUUCUGCCGCAGUGGGGUCUGGAUUUCCUGAACCCGACGCACGGUGUCUUCCAGAAUACGCUUGACUCGGCCGUUGUCGAGCGCUCGCAGGAUACGCGCAAGGAGGAUAUCGAGAAGCAUUUCGUUCCGAUUCUCACCAAGCUGGUUCGUUGUGCACGGACGACGAACCUCAAGAGGCACCAUAUUGAGGAGGCGACGAAUGCGCUGGUGGACCUGAACACGUACUUUGAGUCUGGCCGUAGCUGGAACGAUGUGUGGAUGAGUGAUACUGUCAAGAAUGCCUGGCGGGAGCUUUGGUUGAGUGAUGAUGUCGAGGAUACCACGCCUGUCUCGCAGUGGUGGGACGCAGAGCAUCCGUCGCUGCAUCAGCUCGACAAUGCGUUGGAUAUGUGGCAUCGCUACUUGUUCAUCUUCUCGAUCCCCGUCCCCGAACGCAUCCCCGAUGUCUUCCAGGUCUCUCACCACUUCACGGGGGCCACGUACGGUGUCCUGUGCAAGGCCAAGCGCAAGUGUGCUCUGCACGUCUGGGAUCACUGCGUCAGUUUCCGUGAAAUGACCGUCUUCCUGUCUGCCGCUGUGUCAUUUGACUCGUCAUUUGUCAACACGACUCUGAUCUCGCUCGGUCACCUGGCCUGUGUGCUCAUUGAACAUCACGCUGAUGUGGUCCUUCCCUGCGCCGAGUACUUCAAUCCCGGUUGGGAGAUUGAGCUUGGUACGGCCGAGGGAGCCCUGCAGCACCGCCGCAGGUUCGCUAGAAAGAUUGAUCCUGUCGUCAACGGUAUCACCAACAUGGAGAAGUACAAGCCCAUUGAGACGAUCAAGACGGAAACACCGACUGUGGUCAUGCUUUCUCAUAUUCGUUACGUCAAGGACAUCAAAACGGCCAUCAUGGCCACGGACCUGAUCGUCAACAAAUGGGGCUUCCGCGACUACCGCCUGCACAUCUACGGCGACAUGGAACGUGCCCCCGCCUACGCCUCCGAAUGUCAAGAAGUCAUCGCCUCCAAGGGACUCCGCGAGCACGUCGUGCUCAAGGGUCUCGGCAAUCCCUCCGUCGUCCUGCAAGACGCCUGGCUGUUCAUGAACUCGUCCACCUCUGAAGGUCUCCCACUCGCCAUGGGAGAAGCCGCGUUGACGGGUGCCCCCGUCGUCUGCACAGACGUUGGCGCUUCAUUCUGUGUGGUCACCGACCGGGCGACGGGCAAGCGCUUCUCCGAAGUGGUCGCGCCCAACGACUACGACUCGCUCGCCCGCGCUCAACUCCGCGUCCUCGCCCUCCUCGAACAAUGGGCGCCCUUCGCCGAGGACGCACCGGGCGACAUCGUCCCCGAGCUCGAAUUCCGGCCCACCCCCGAAAACACGCGCAAGAUCUCCGAACGCAUGUACGCCAAGGUCGAGCAGCGCCGCAAACUCGGUAUGCUGGGCCGCGCAAACGUGCAAAACUCCUUCAGCUCCGACCGCUACCUCCGCGAGCACGAGCAGAUGCUUUGGCUCGGCAAGUACCAGAGCCACAGCUACGUCGCGCGCAGCGCACUCUCGUCUAGUAACAGCAGCGAGGUUGCGCUCAAGGAGAAGGGCGGCAUGCACAGAUUGUAUAUUGGCAAUCUGCCCUCGCGGCCGGACUCGAUUUAUUCGAUUUACUCGCCGGUUCCGGCCAAGGCGUGGCAUGCGUGGAGGGAUUCGAGGGGCGCGAGUUCGAGUGGCACGCAGACCCCUGUUAAUGUUUAG